UGGGGUUAUGGCUUUGCAGAAUGAUGUAUUAAUUAUAGCUAUUAUCAAACGAUCUCUAAAUUUAAGACACUUAGAGAUCGGUCAUAAUGAUAUUGGUGAUGAGGUUAUUGAAGCUUUGUUAUAA